GACUUGACAGAGCUUUCAUAGACUUCAGCCACACGGCACCGGUAUGGUUACUCAGUUUCACCUCUCUCUGUUUCUGGUGGGAAUUAUUGGUGAUUUCCAGGAAGUGCUACCACAUCCAUCCCAUCGAGGAUCCUGGCACCCAUAUACAAGAGGAUCCCAUUAUUAUUCAGAUUAUUCUUACCCCAAAACGACUCCAUCAAAGAACAUAUUCCUUCCCAAACCACAAUACUGUCCCGAAACAGGACGUACGGUCUGUGAAAACGUUCCUUAUUACCCAGCUGAGUAUAUUUUCCACCUGGUGGCAGGCACCAAAGCAAGGCGAUUCAACUUCACUUCAGUGUUCUUAGAUGAACGCGAAGGAGACGCCGAACCGAAUGCCAACCUUCUCCCAAAUCAACCUCCAGGUCCUGAAGAGCAUCACCACCACCACAACGGUUACACAAACCACCAGCCAACCCAUCAUCCCUGGUACCACGGAUCAUCGUAUUAUGGUCGUAACCAAGAGUAUGGCCACAGCUACACGCCAUCUCACCCAUAUUACCGGCACAGAGGACGAAGACAACAAAACGAAGAACCUGUUUGUGCUGUCCGAACUAUGUUCAUUCUCCCUGAAGCUGGCCUAACGGAUAGGUCAGAAUGGAAAUUUGUAGUCAACGUACCCGACAGGGACCCUCGAUUCAAGCAAGUUAUCAGGGUCGAUGUUUGUAGCUCCCCAGGAGAGGCCUGCGCUAGCCAAAUUUCUCUUCCCCCUGGAUACAUAAGUAGGUGCAGACAGAAAUAUAGCAAGAAGUCACUGAUGACGCUGGAUGGAGAUGGUCAGGGAACACGCCAGGACCAAGUUUUUGUCCCUUCGUGCUGUGUGUGUCAGUUAUCCCUGAUCACGCAGAAGUAGAGACGUCACUAUGCGUGAGUCCAGUUAUGCUCGAAACAUCAUAUUAAAUGUCUGACGUAGCUCUUGGGAGACAAGUCCAAGUUUUGAGAGCCUUGGUCCAUAGGGACUAGUCACAACGUUCCAGUAUUUCUUUUCUACGUCAAGACUGACCAGUUCCGCUGUUCAAGUCGUUGAAUACCGUACAGCUAAGUGAACAAACUGAUAAGUUAUUCUGCAAGUGACUUCUUUCCACUGACUAUAAAAUCAGCUUCAUGUAAACUAACUCAUCUCCUGAAAAAACAAAACAAAAAAAAACGUGUAACAGCGGCGAAGCUAGGUGAAGUAGUGUGUAGAUAAGAUUACAAGAUUUGACCUAUGAACAGAAUUUUGAUGUUUGUAUGCAUUUCGUAUUUUAAAGCUCUGUAAAAA